CUCAGAACUCCUAGCAUACCAACAAGCUCCAAAGACGGUGAUGCGCACAGCUCGGAUGCACUGAGUGACAACCCAUGAGGAAACGUUUCACGCUCUAUAAAGAAAGGAAAAAGGCAGAAGUGACGACUAUCUUUGAGAGAAGAUCUUAUUUACUGUCCUCCCUCAUCUCACGACAAAAGACCCGCAAGUCAACGGGAGUUAGCAACUGUCAUUUCUUUACUGCGCACCGAGUAGCCUAUUUCGCCUUGAUUUUAUUUAUGUUACAGUAUAAUAUAGAGGUACUGCACUCUGACUGAAGAUACCGAUGUGGAUGAAGUUGACAUUGCCCCUCUAUAGCCUACUGUCACUGCGCGUAAAAUCCACAUUAGGAUACGGGCCUGUCUCUAAAUAAACUUCAUAGUCAAUUGCCGUUUAAUUUUCUCCACAAUGUCUGAAGAACAUAGUUGCACUGGUGCUAGUCCUAUAACUGAGGUUGAAAGCAGCAAUAUCAGCGUUCUCGGCUGGGAACAAGUGCAGCGCCUUGAUGCUAUCCUGACGGAGACCAUUCCCAUCCACGGCCGUGGAAACUUCCCAACUUUGGAGAUGAAACCCCGACAAAUAGUGAAGGUGGUGCGUAGUCGCAUGGAGGAGAGGAAUAUCCACGUCCGGGACGUGCGGUUAAACGGGUCUGCUGCAAGCCACGUUCUUCAUGAGGAUAGCGGACUGGGCUACAAGGACCUUGACCUAAUCUUUUGCGCGGAUAUGAAAGGGGAAAGUGAUUUUCAGAUUGUGAAGGAUAUCGUUUUGGACUGUCUCCUGGACUUCUUACCUGACGGGGUGAAUAAGCAGAAAAUAUCACCACUGACUUUAAAGGAAGCCUAUGUGCAGAAGAUGGUGAAGGUGUGCAAUGAUUCAGACCGCUGGAGCCUCAUCUCCCUCUCCAACAACAGAGGAAAGAACGUGGAGCUCAAGUUUGUAGACUCUCUGAGGCGGCAGUUUGAAUUCAGCGUGGACUCCUUCCAGAUCAAGCUGGACUCCCUGCUGCUGUUCUAUGAAUGCUCUGAGAACCCCAUGGCCAAGACCUUCCACCCCACCAUCGUGGGCGAGAGUGUGUUUGGGGACUUUGGUGCUGCCCUCGACCACCUACGCCAGAAGGUGAUCUGCACGCGCAACCCAGAGGAGAUCCGGGGCGGCGGUCUGCUCAAGUACUGUCACCUGCUGGUAAGGGGCUUCCAAGCCGACUCCGAGACAGAGAUGAAGUCCCUGCAGCGUUACAUGUGCUCGCGCUUCUUCAUCGACUUCUCGGAUAUCAGCGAGCAGCAGCGCAAGCUGGAGUCCUACCUGCAAAACCACUUUGUGGGCCUGGAGGACCGCAAGUACGACUACUUGAUGACCCUGCAUGGGGUGGUCAACGAGAGUACGGUGUGCCUGAUGGGACAUGAGAGGCGGCAGACCCUGGGGCUGAUCGCCAUGCUGGCGGUGCGCGUGCUGGCCGAGCAGAACGUCAUCCCAAAUGUGGCUAACGUCACCUGCUACUACCAGCCAGCCGCCUACGUGGCAGACGGUAACUUCAGUAACUACUACAUAGCCCAGGUACAGCCCAUGUUCCACUGCCAGCAGCAUGCCUACUCCACCUGGCUACCCUGCAACUGAGACAGGACAGGGAAAGGAAGGAAGGAAGGAAGGAGUGAGUGAGAGAGAGAGAGGGGGAGGGAGAGUCUGAUUCAUUCAUACAGGUGCUGAAUCACUGGGCUGACUCACUGUAAAGUGUUUUUCAGAUAAAUGAAUGAAAAAAAAGGUAUCCCCAUGACUCACCAACCUGUAUUGAAUUUCAUUUAGUUAUGUUCUGUUAGAGAGUGAUGGGGGGGGAGAGAAAAUAACAGUUGGGUCUCAGCUCCUGUGAGGUCCGUCUUAAACCAAUGGCAGGACAGUUUACUGUGAAAAUGCCACCCUGUCCGACACCUAACCCAAGCUUGGGAAGUAUGGGAUGGAGUUUUGCCCAAUACAAUGCAAACAAUGAUGGACAAGAAUGAAAACCGCAGCAGCAGCAAUAGUUUCAUUGACACUGACCUGGAUUGACUGACUCUGUUGCAAACUGAAAAGGCAGUUGCAUUGAGCGAUAGACAGACAAUAACGUGUGGCUGCAUCUGUGUCCUGUGGUGUCCAGCUGCCUCCAUGGCUGUGAGGAGGAUGCAGGCCCCUUUUGCUCUCUGAGGGGUGUGUGGCUUGCACCCUGGCGCGCGUUGGGCAAUGUCCCAGCAACACAGGGGUUACUAGAGCACCGUAAAACUCUAUUUCCGGUGAGAUAUCAUCACAAGCUUUGAAUGACAAAAACGACACCUUAACUAGUAAUGAUUGAUAUGAACAUGAUGUGUUUACAAACCAAAGAUUUUUCAUUUAUUGUUUUUAAUACCCAAGUUUGGUGGGGAAGAAAAAUAAUGUAUAAUGCUAUCUAUAUUUGUAUAUGUGAACAUGUGUUUUAAGUGCCUAACGCCUAUCAGUCGUAUAGGUAGAGGAAUAAUGAGCAGCAGGCCAUAUCGUUUUGUGAAUAAAUCCAGUUUGAUUUUCGUCAGGCACACAAGACAAUGGCACCCCAGAGGCUUGUGAAUGUAACCGUGAAAUCCUGAUACAGUCCGUGUUGAUGUUAUAUUUUUUGGAAGAAAACUACAUAUCCCCUUGCAGUCAUAGAGUAUUAGUCGAUGGGGGAGAGGUGGGGUUUUGCUGUACUUUGUACAAAGUAGUUUGACAGGUUGAUACAAGACCUUGCGUUAACAUUUGCUGAUAUUUUAAACAUUCCAGCUCCAAUUAAUAAUAGCAGUACCUCCUCCUCAUAGGUGUGUUGAAGCCACAGAGGCUAGAGCACUAUUUUAUGUUGCUCUCCCAUAGUCAUUUUCAGACAAACAAACUCCACAGGAAUAUUAGUUUGUGCCAUAGUGCAUGUACAGAGAUGGUUUAAUAUUGUUUUGUCGUUGUUCAUGUCGACUUAUUCAGUUUCACAUGGUUUAAACUUAACUGUAUUUUGUAUAGGGGUGCUUAUCUUUUAACUCACCUUUUGUAGCAAGUUCACAGCAGGCUGAGGGAUUGACAAACCUUUGUCGGAAGAAAUAGAUCGAAAAAAUAAAUGCAGAAGGGAAGAGAGACGGAACGGAUCGAAAAGGCAAAGAGAGAAUCGGUGUGUGUUCCUGUGUUGCCUUCUAGGUUGUUAUUUGCUGAGACACCGUAGCAGGGAAUUACGCAGCUGCCGAAGAGGUUGAACUUAGCUGGGCUGUGUUUGUAGUAUAUGCGCUCGCUUUGGGUCAGCUGCAUACCUACCAGAAAAUGUUGUACCAAAUGUUUAUCUGCCGGCCGCUUGCCCAAUAUUGAAUGAGUGUUCUGCCUUUUGUCGAUGGAGAGCGAGGUUGAAGAUGUGUUGUUUUUAUAUUGAAGUACAGAUAUUGAGCUGUAGGGGGAAAAGAAAGAGAAAAACACUUGUGAAGGAGUGCAAGUGAGGGACAGAGGAAAAACGUGAGAGGCAGGGAGCUGGGCUGGGGAGAUAGGUGCAGAUGGUGAAGGGGUUUGUCUUGCUUUCACCACAGACAGACAUGCACAGUGGUAAUACCUCUCCCUCCCAUCUUAAGAGGACCUAAGCAGAGAGAAUAGGCAGGAGAGAGAGGGGUCCUGGUACACACAACACAACUUUAGGAAGGUAGCCUGUUAAGCCUAGCACUAUUAAUCAUUACCUCUGUGUGUCAGGGCCUCUUCUCUGGGGGACUGAACAGAUAUCCACGCAUGCCUUAUGAGCUUUGAUAACAUUCCCUGGGUUGGUGCACUGCCAUGGUAUUACUGUAAAUGACCUGUUAAUUGAGGCUAGGUUAGGCAGUGGUUACAUGAUCUAACUGCUAUGCUGUAAGUUCCAAGCCCAUCCGGAAAUACUGUCUCAUGCUAAUUCAGUUUCUCUAAUGCCAUUUCUCAACAUAACCUCUGAAAUAUGUUGAUAGGAAUUGAUUUUUGACAUAAAGAUGACAAUUAAUGAUGAUUCAUCACCAGUAUUGUGGGUCUUGGGGUGAGAGGCAGUGUUAUUAAAAAUAGCAACAUCGGUGUGCACUAUACAAAUCUGAAGUGUGUACCUUUUAGAGAAUAAUUAAUUGUUUUCACUGUGGGUGGGAUUCCUGGCUUCCUACUAGUGUACAAAUGGGUCAUGUCACAACUCUUUAGGACAUCUUAAGGAAACUACUGUCUUUGUCUCCACUGAUGAGAUCCUACUCUUGUCCUCACUCCCAUAAUGUGUAAGCUGUAAUGGAGCUCCCUUAGGGACAGAGUGAAUGGACAUCUAAUGGAGUUCUACAGGGCGGAGGCACUCCAUAGGGGAUGUUAAUCAGCUUAGGUGACCACUGUGUGACUGUAACCUGGGUGGUCAAGAGAACAGAGAAAAUUGUACUCUCUACUCAAAUCAUUCUGUAGACUCCUUUUUCUCUAUUUUGCUAUUUCACACGUUCUGGUCUAGCAUUUAACUUUUUGACUGUGUACAUUUUGAUGAUAUUGUCUGGAUCGUGCAGGCGGUGUGUAUUCUCAUCUCUUCUCACUCUGUGAAAUUGGCUCAGAACAGCUCAGCCAGCACCAGUCUACCAUGUAGUUAGCAAGCAACACACAGGCUACUAUGGGUUACUGCAUUGUCUUGUAUGCAUUGUUUAAACUUUUCACCUCCUAUUCAUGCAGUCUUUUUUUCAAUCAAACCUACAAAAAAAGAAAAAGAGCCUGCAUCAUAUGUAUUUUUUAUGAUUGUUAUUUUUAUAACUGUAUCAGACACUACCAUGUUGUAGCGCUUUGGAAUCUGUGAUCAGGUUGCAAAAUAUCAUUUCUCAGCUUACAUUUCUUUUUGCAGCUCUUGUAAACGUGUCUGUUUCGAAGAUAAAGGAUGUUUUCAUCAUUAAAAAAAACUGAAAACCA